CUUCAUUUUAGACUUGUGUUUUUGUUGGAAGGUGUGCUGGACAUUGCCAAGCUCUGAUACUGACUGUAUUCUUUUUGGUUUUACUGCUUACAAACUGCAACAUGCUAAGGCUUGGGAACAUUUUGUUAUGGAUGGCUGCAGCUAUCAUCUUGUGUCAAGCCAGGCCUAAUGUGAAGCUACAUUCGCAGUCAAGCAGUGGGUUAAGGUCUGACUGUGCCGCAAAUGUAAUGAGACUGUCGUUGGACAAGGCUUUAGCAGUGGGAAACCAGCUUGAGGUGGAGGCUAUCAAUGGCACCAAGCACAUUUUGUUAACACCUAGCAUGGCUGCUCAGUGUGGAUACAGCAUGGAGUCUGACCCGUGGGGUAACACCAGAAUCUACACCUCCCUGAUGGGCUGCUUUGUGGACAACAAGGAUGAUGCUACAUUUAACGUUGGCUUGAGACUCAAGAUGUACGGCGAGAAUCCAUCAGACGUGGUCAGUCAUGAUGUGUCUCAGACUUGCAGCUACACACGCUGGGCCUCCAGGGAGAUCCUCUGCGACAGGAACUACAUGGAAGUUUCGCACCACAUGGCUAACCUUGAUGCUGAAGCUAAGGGUCAGACUUGGGAUGGUAAAGACGAGAAGCUCAACGCCAAUCUUGAAGCCUCUGGUGCAUCACAAGGUAUCUGGAAGAUGACGUUUUACACCCCAGAACCAGUGGCCAUGGUGUUGCAAGAGGCUGAACAAGCCGGCUACGCUGCCAAAACUACCUCUAGUCGCCUGGUGAUGCGAAGCCCGUACAAUACAGCAGAGACUUAUUCAGAGGAUGUGGCUGGAGUCCCCAUGGAAGUUUUCAGGGUGAGCGCCUACUACAUGGCACCACAGGGUCUGAAUGUAGUGAACUUGGCAGCUGCUUGUCCCAAAGGUGGCGUCCUCUUCACCGAGGAUAUGAUCUCUUGGCACGUACCUCGCCGUGUGACUCCUCUGUUGGACGGCAGAAUUACAGUCUCAGAAAUGCACAUGGGAAUCAACGGGCAGAGGCUUGAUAGAUCUCAGAUGGCCGCACGGGGGUACACACUGAGCACCACAGACUUCCACAUCGUCGUCGAGAUCCCAGUGGGCUCGCCUGAUGGUUACUACAAGAGCCAUGCCCCAGAUUACCAGUACCACAUCACCUACUUUGUGGAGCCCAUGCUUGAGGUACUGUGGAGAGAAGAUGACACCCAAGAUGAUACCAGAUACAAGGUUUUGUUCCCCAUCAUGACCCCUCUGAUGCCUCAAUCUCCCCAAAUCCAAGAUGACACUGUCCCAGAGACUCGGGUGUUCAGCGUUCUCUUGGGAACCUUCCUCCAUGACGUUGAGCUGAGGAACAUCACCUUCUCCACCGGGGUCCUCACUGUUGAGGAGAGCAAUGCCAAAGGCUUCACAGUCCAGGAACACAGCUUGGCUAAUGGCUCCAAGAGCUUCUCUCUUCAAGUGCCCUUUGAUGCCGAUGUUGUCUUAAAACAUAAUCCUCAGCGCUUGGUUACAUCCUACUUCCUCCCUUUGAUCUUUGGGUUGAUCGUCCUGCCUGAAGAAACUCCUUUUGCUCUCCCGGUCGACCUGCAGGCCUCUCUGCAGGAUAUUGUGUUACCCAUCAUGGCUGGCACCUGUGACCAGAACCAGUUUUACAUCAGCGUGAAGUUCGGGAGUCACGGCUCUAAUUUCAAGGCUAUCGUUGGACCUCGAGAGCUGACGGCUGAGAUGGCUGAAGACUACAAUUUCUAUGAGAACGGCACACACCUCAGCCUCAUUCUGCCAUACACUGCCAAGGACGCUGUUUUCGAGCUGCUCACUGCAGAAUCAGUCAAAUCCAGAAUUGACCUGCUUCUGAUGGAU